AUGUCCGAGACCGCUUUAAAAGGCAGCCUUGCUGGCAGCGCGUCGUCAUCGCCACCACCCGCAUUUCCUCGUCUCGGAUCCCGGCCUAAGAGCAUCGCCAAGCAAGCUCACAGGAUCACCGAGACCUUCGAACCGGGCUCAUCUGACGAUUCGUCGGUCCUCGAUCUUCAAAGAAGCGCAUCCAAGAAACGGCCAGCUCCUUCUUCCUUCAUUCUUCCCCGAGCGAAGAUGGCGCGGAUCAGAGAGCUCUCAGUUGGCUAUAUUGUUGAUUCUAAUCUCCCCUUUACUACCUUCGAGAGUACCUACCUACAAGAGCUAUUCCGUCAGCUAGACCCUGAUCUUUAUACCCAGGUGCCCUGGGGUCGAACUGCAGCUAAGAAAGACCUAGAGGAUAUACUCUCUUUAAAGAAAGCGGCCGUCAAGGAGGAACUCGACAAGGCUAUUACCCAGGUACAUAUCAGCUUCGAUCUCUGGACCUCUCCAAACAGACUAGCUUUCAUUUCGAUCUUUGGUCACUAUAUUGACCAGAGCAACUUAUACCAAAGCCGGCUGCUGGCUUUCGGGAGGCAGAUCGGGUCUCACGCCGGCGAGAAUAUCGCCUACACUAUAAGGAAUGUCGUCCCUUUCCUCUAUGGCGAUGAUGCAGCUUCUUUCGAACUUCAAUCUGAGGCUUAUGGCAUGCUGGAGCGGGUUGAAGAAGACCUCGAACACUGGCGAGCUAAGGGUCCAGUUGGGAAGCUUCAUAAUAUCGUCAGGUUCAUCCGAGCCUCUCCGCAACGCACCGAAGCAUUCAAAGCACAUGCCAAGGAGCAGGAGGAGGCGGACAUAUACAAGCUUGCAGAAGAAUCAACGGCCGAGCUUGAAGUCAUACAGAACAACGCUACGAGAUGGAAUUCGACCUAUAUGAUGAUCGAACGCGCCUUGAUCAAGCAGUCUGAGCUCAAUAGCUUCAUUCAAGAGCUAGGGCUGGAAGCAGACGCCUCAAGAAGGGUUCCUACAGCUGACAUCCUGACCUCUGAUGACUGGAAGGUCCUCAGGGAGGGAGAGGAGCCCGAACCAGCUACGGGUGUGAAAUCAAUAUCUGCGCGACCAUCAGCAGUCGGACAAACCCGAGAGCGACCCUCACGCCAGCAACGACUACCAUCACGACUUCAGGGGUAUGAGAUCACGCCGUUACGCCGCCGCCGCGAAACAGCUCUUCCGGCCCAUCAACUUGCCAGCCCACAGUUUAAUGAAGAUGCCCUCCCUGCACAUUCUCGAGAGGACUACCUACAGGGCGAUGCUCGUUCCAUGAGCAAUAUUGCUAGUAUGGAGGGCCAAGAGCGUGCAAGUAUUAGGGCAAGCAUCAAUAAUGCUUGGAUUAAGCUUAACGAGUACUACACUCUCCUCGGGCGAUCGCCUCUGUUUGCGGCCUCUGUUGUUCUAAAUCCGGACCUUGGCCUCCGGUGGCUUGAGACUAACUGGACCUCCCCGGAGCAGCUACAAUGGCUUCGGGAUGCAAAGGAUGGCAUCAAAGGCUACUUUGAGCGUUGGUACUCAAACGACGAUGAUGCCUCUGAGGAGAGUAUUUUCGCCACGCCCUCGUUAACGCCCCGACCUGAGCAAAGCAGUGAGCUUGAACGAUACUACAGGCUUGAGCCGGAGCAGGUGAAUGACCCUAUUCAGUGGUGGAUUGAUCAUAGGAACGCUUUCCCGCGUUUAAGCAGAUUUGCAUUGGACGUCCUUGCUAUUCCGGCCAUGGCAACUGACUCCCUGCCCGUCACUCGUACCCAGGCCACCAUCCCCGUUGCCAUCGCCCCGCGGGCCAUACGACCUAGGGAGGCAACGCGCGGGCAAGAGCAAGCGUCCGUGGAGCAACCGCUUCGCUCAGGAGCUGGCCGCGAGGGCUCCAACCUGGAAAGAGGACAUCCGCAGCGCCGAGCGACUGAUGUUCCCCCGGCACCGUUCGGGUCCCGACGAGGCAAGCACGUACGACGGCCUGCGCGGACUCGAGAGCCGCAAGAACCGCAGGCACCGAGGCAAAUCAUUCCGGCUACACAGGAGGCUCCGGCAGUGACAGAGCCAGGCCUAGGACCAGACAUAUCCUCGACCUUGAGUGCGCCCCGGCGAAAGAGGAACACUAAUACAGCCGGCAGAGAGGGGCCGCCAGCAAAACGGGCUCGCUUAGGCGUCCAUAAGGAAAGAACAGAGCAAGAGUGGGAAGAGGAUGUCGCUAGCGUUUUGCGCUGCCUUGAUGAGGAAUUCGCCGAGAAAGAGCGGCUGUCCCUGAACAAAGAAUGGUGUACGCCCGUCUCGCAAGAGAAGAAGCUAUCGACCGUGCAGACAUUCUAUAAUGCUUUCCACGAUACCGAAACUUUGCCCAUAUGGACAUGCGCGGUGUGCUACCGGAAGUGCGGGAAAAGCGAGCUGGAAGAUGUAAGCUGGGACCAGUGGGAGUCUAGUGUUAUGGGAAAGCGCGACGGCUUAGCUCUUACCUGCCGCGAGUGCUUUCCCAUCGGAGGCCGUAUUCUAGCCUGCCCAGAAUGCGUGAGCUGCCUGAUGAGAGAUUGUCUGUCGGCUGCUGCCCGGGCGCACGUUGGCCUAGGAUGUGAGCAUAUGUUCCCAGAGGAACUAAAAGGACUCACCCCGGUUGAAGAGAAGCUCAUCAGCCUGAAUUCAUGCUAUGGAUUUAUCACGAAGUAUAGCGUCAUGGAUAGGCAGCGACAGGGCGUGACGUAUCCAAAACAUAUCAAGGGACACAUCACGGUAUUCCCUAAUAAUGUUCAGGAGCUGGUCACUAGGGUCCUUCCUCACCCCCUCAUCCAGGUCAUGGACGAGAUACACGUAUCGUGGCACGGUGCGCAGAAACCGGGACCUAGCGAUCUAUCGAGGCUUCUGUCCGUACGGCGUCGUGUCGUCGAGAGGGCUCUGGCCUGGCUGCGGAUAAAUAACCCUCACUAUAGGGACAUUGAAAUCGACGAGGCCGAGAUGGAUAGCUGGGGAACUCCGCCUCAUGAUGUGCCGUCACAGAUCCUUGAGCGCAUGGAGCGUAACGAACCAUCUGCCUGGGAAAAGGUGCGUACAGCCCAGAUAGUGCCGUCUGCAGAGCGCGGGAUAGAUGAGGAUGACGCUGUGGGAAUCGACGACAUCAUGGCCAUGCUCAGGCGUGAGCAACAAGGAGGAGAAGGAGGAGGAGGAGGGGCUGACCGCCCCGAAGAAGCGAACCGAGGCAAUGAAGCACUGUUUAGCGACAGAGGCCAUGAGGGAGUGAGAGAAGACCGUCCGGGCGCUGGCAUCAAUAAUCCUGAGGCCGUCAUCCACGAAGUCAGUUCAUCCGGCAUGUUUGCACUCGACGCCCAGCCGGAUGUUGCGGACGCGGACAGACUACAGUUCGCCUGGGAAGCCGUGGGCGAGGAUGUCGAACAAGAAGUAGAUCGGGCUACGGGGGAACGCGGCAGAUCAGGAGGGUGGGCCGGGUCGGCAUCUGUACGGCAAGGGCUCGGUCUAGAGCCAUACAUUUCAGUGUCACGGGGUGAUGACUUUGCCGACUCCAAUGACCCCUGGUUCUUCGCCAAGACAUUUCCAACCCUAUUUCCGUUCGGCACCGGCGGCCCUCGGCUAGCAGAGGAGAGCCUCCUCGUUGAUGGUGGCGGGACGGAUACGGGAAUCGACGAGGGCGCAGAGGCGUCGGUGAGGAAUCUCCUGGCGUCGCGGAACAUGAGCCUGACAGCAUGGGCUGAGGCGGUGCUGAGGCGGCACGGCGGCCGCUUCGCGACCCAUCACGUCUUCGCCUUUCUCGUCUUCAACCUAGGCGUCAGGUCAAGAAAUCGCCGAGUGAGCAUGUUGAGCGUGUCGAGGAAGGACUUUCCUUCUGUUGAGCGCAUCGUGCACUCCUUGAGCAGAGAGAGGCUGGGGCUGGCUCAGCAGGAGCUUGAGAUCUCCGGCCAGACGGCCGACGAGGGCAUCAAGGAGCUCCUCAAAAGCCUUUCUCUGUACGGAUUCAGACAACCGAUGUCGAGGGAGCAUCGUCUGAGCCUGCGACGCAAGAUCAAGUCACUCAUCAUCCGGUACGGCAUCCCCGCCAUCUGGUUCACGCUCAAUCCGAACGACAUCACCAAUCCGGUCAAGCUGAGGCUGGCGGCGUACCGCAGCCGCGAUCCCGAAGAAGCUAAAUCAUUCCUAAGGAGUCUAGAUAUGGCCUACAAGCGUGCGCGACUGGCGAUCUCCGAUCCGGUAAGCUCGGCCAUCUUCUUCCACAGGGAGAUCUCACUGUUCUUCGAGCACUAUGUCAAGGUGGGUGAGGAGUCCGUCUUUGGACGUAUCAGCCAGGAUUUCGGGGCCGUCGAGACCAAUGAACGGGGUGCGCUCCACGUUCACGGGCUGCUGUGGCUUCAAGGAAAUAUGAGACUGAGUUCGGUGUUGACGGAUGUAUGUGGUGAGGAGGGAGCAUCCUAUCGCAGCAGCAUCAUCGAGUACGUCGAUAGCGUCUUCUCUGAGUUUGCUGCGUCCUUUGAUGAAGAAGCCAACUUCUGCGCCGGCGCGACGCAGAUCCACACGCACAGCCCAACGUGCGUGAAGUACUCGCUAGGAAGGCGAGAGGGCAAGCAAGGGCUGUGCCGCUUCAAGGCUCCGUGGAAGCUGGCCGAGAAGACGGCGUUCAACCCGGACGGUACGCUGCAGAUCCGACGGUCACACAGCAUGGUGAAUAGGUGGAAUAAGGCCAUGGCGGUAGGGCUCCGGCACAACCACGACAUCUCGUUCAUCGCGACGCAGUGCAAGACCAUGGCGCUCGUAUACUAUCUGACGAAUUAUGCGACCAAAGUCGAGGAUCCGGUGUGGAAGCGCGUGGCUGCUGCAUCGGAAGCACUGGAUACGUCGGAUGGUCAGCAGAGGCAGGAUCAUGCGGCGGAUCGAGGGGAUUUCCUGAUGAAGGUGGCCAACCGUGUCUUUACGGAGCGGCCACUGUCGCAGGUCGAGGUUGUGGCGCACCUGCUGGGGUAUCAGACAGAGUUCUCUGGCAACGCCGCGUGGGCAUUCGCGAACGUGUCCGUGCUAUACUGGCGCGUCUUCCGACGAUGGUCUUAUCUUCGCCAUACGAGCGGUGAGGAGGUUGCGGACGGCGAUCCAAUGAAUGAUGCCGUGCUCGUGGAGCAGGCAGGCCAGAGAAUCUCCUACUUCGACGCAUACCCUCACCGUGGGGCGGUGCUUCACGGCCUGUGCCUCUACGACUAUAUGUCGCUCGUGAUGCUGAAGCGCAGGGAUAAUGGGAGAAGUGGGAGAAGAUCCGCCGCCGCCGCCGCCGCCGCCGGGGCCGUUGCGUGGGGUGAAAUCCCUUUCCAAGACGGUGCGCCAUUCUCGGAUCGAUGGGUGCAGCGUCUGCGCAGGCCAGGCAAGCAUGCUGUAGUUUGUCUGGAUGGGUAUCUAAGCAUGGACUUUUCCCAGGAUAAUGGCGACGGGCCGUGCCACCGGAGGGCCGCCGUGCAGCACCUGGCCCUGUUCGUGCCGUGGGAGUGCUUCAUAUCCGAAUCAUCUGGCGACAUCAAUGAUAUAUGGAUGAGGCAGAAGGGGGACGCUAAGCCAGAGGCUCUUCUGCUCCGACGGUCCGCGGAAGAUGCAAAGCGCGAUGCCAAACAAUGGGCUGCGUCCUCCGCAAAUGACGAGCUCGCGGCUGGGGAGACGGCGCUGGGGGAUGGCGGCGUGAGCGACAGGGAAGAUGAAGCGCCAGCCGCGUACCGCUGCGACAACAUCGGAGACACCACGCGGCUGGUCGACGUUCUGAGGAGCGCCGGUGGAGCAAAUCAGAUUACGGCUGGUUCGAGGGAGCUCUCGGCGGUGACGCAGCAGCUCUGCCAAUUUCAGCAUACCGCGUUGGGCUCAACCGCUGAGUUACGUGCCAGGAUUACGUCCGAACAAGAAACGAGGACGGUGGCAGCGACUCUGCCGGAAGGCCCGUUCAUUGGAGCCGAAGUUCCAACACAGAGGCUGUUGAGGUCUAUCAAGUCACAGCAGGUGAGCGCUUCGAGGGAGGCGGUCAAGAUGAUACAGGGAGUUCAGAGUCUACCCGAGAGUAGCACGACCAGCCGCAGCGCAGCCGUCAACAGCGUGAUGAGCGGGUUUGGGGACCAUGACAUCCAGCUGACGGCUGCAGAUCCUGAGGGGAGCAGCCUUGGUGCUGGCCCUGCGAUAGGCAUCCGCCUUGGACCGUCAACGUCCUUCCUGGCGGCGGGGAGACAGCUGGCAGAGCAUUUCACGCUCAACAGAAAGCAAUCAAUCGCCUUUUUAUUGAUCUGCCGCCAGCUCGACCUGGUACACCGGAGCGAGGACGCGGACAGUGAACCUGCCCCUCAGCUGUGCCAGUUCGUCGGCGGCGAGGGCGGCACCGGGAAAUCACGGAUCAUUGAGGCUCUCGUGGAGCUUUUCGCAAGCAAGAGGAUCUCGAAUCGCCUGCUGGUGACGGCAACUUCGGGAACUGCAGCAGCGCGCAUCAACGGCAUCACAAUCCACUCGGCCUGCAACUUCUCCAAAGAUACAUCACGCAUGGCCGGGGGCAGGGGCGCUGGUAGUGAUGGUAUCGGAUCCUGCACGCCUGCUAAUCGAUACGUGGACGGCCCUUCGCGGACGGACUGGCGGGAGAGGGACCUCCUGAUUAUCGACGAGGUCAGCAUGCUCGGGGCACGUACUCUCUGGAUGGUGAACGAGCAGCUGUGUAAGCUCCGGGGGUCUCCGAAGGACUUUGGAGGCAUCCCCAUAGUUCUCUUCUGCGGCGACUUCCACCAGUUCCGCCCCGUGCAGGAGAGGUCGAUCCUGCUCCCCAGUACGGCCAUCUCGUGGUUCGAACAGGAUUCGUUCCAGGUAGAGCAGAGACACCAACACGACAAGGCUCACGCCCUGUGGAGGAGAUUUACUACCGUCAUCAUGCUGGACGAACAGGUCCGCGCCGCCGGCGACCCUGAACUGCGAGCUCUGCUGACGCGGAUCCGGCUCGGAAUCCAGGACCAGUCGGAUGUCGAUCUCCUCAAUGACCGGUGCUAUCAAGAAGGCAGGCGGAUCCCAUGGGAAUCGGGCAUCACCGUCGUCACGCCGCUCAACAGGAACCGCUGGAACCUCAACAUGGAAGCCACCCUGGCCUUCCAGCGGCAGCACCAAGCAGCACUGCGCAUCUUCAUAUCCGAUCACAAGUGGAAGGACGGUCGGCCGACAGAGGAGGAGGCCCUCAUGAUGCUCAACCAUGGCGACGACAGCGCCAUCCCGGUGCCGGCCAUCUUCAUAUUCGUCCCGGGCAUGCCCGUCGUCGUCAACCAGAACACGCACCAGGGCCUCAAGCUCGUCAACGGGGCCAGCUACACGGCUUUGGAAGUCAUCGUCGACAAGGCAUUUCCGGGAUACCAGGUCUCGGCUGAUACCAUACUCCAUUUCGGGUCACCGGCAGGGAUCCUCUUAGCCUCUGAGACGACAGCAGAGUUCCAAUUCGUCGACAUGCCGCCCGGGACAAUCUUACUGACGCCGAUGAGUAUCAGGAUAGAGUGCCAGCGGAAAUAG